AUGACCAAGGGUUGCUAUACCUGCCGACGCCGUCGCAUCAUUUGUGACAAUGGCCAGCCCACUUGCAGAAAAUGCCGUGACGCGGGGAAAGAAUGUCUGGGCUACCAGAAGCCGCUGGUUUGGGUGAAAGGUGGCGUGGCUAGUCGAGGCAAGAUGAUGGGCCGCAGCUUCGACGAUGCGAAGAAACGAGAGGGCGACUCGAAGGGCCAGGCCCUUUCUCAAACGACGAUUACUGCGGCGGCAAAUGCUGGCGGCUUGGGCUCCUUUCCUAUCGCAGAAUCAUCUUCCGCGACUAGCUCGCCGAGCUCUGGCGCGCAUACGAGCCCGGAAUCCGAGGCCUGUGUACAAGAGACCGUGGCCAAUCCGGUAUUUGGAAAUGUCGACGGCCACAUACUUUUUGGUUUGAGUAAACUGGAAGAACUGGACAACAGGGUCGUCCAUGUUCCCCGGGGCGCCUCCGCCGAUAGGAUUCCAAGCCCGUGGGGAUUGGUAGAUCCGUUGCUCAAAGAUCUUACUCAAAUCUCACGGUUUUACCUUUUUCAUUACAAUCAAUACAUGGCCAACGACUUUGUGGUAUAUUCCCAGUCCAAGAACCCUUGGCGUGAUAUCAUCUCAUUAGUCGGUGACUCUCCGCUUCUCGCACACGGCCUAUGUGCCAUGGGUGCUCUACACUACUCGUUAAUGUCGGACUCAGACUCGUCCCAGAUGCCGUGGUCCUCGAACAACCUCUUGACGAGCAGCUCAAAUCUGUCGCCGGAAGAAAUUGAAAGCAUCGUCUCACCUGCAGGCAAUCGACGGCCGUCUUCAAGGGCAUUCCAACACUUUCUCGAGUUCAAGCAACGUACACUGCACCAGCUGUCCCAGGACCUUUUGAACCCUGUCAAGCAAAAGGACGACCGAACCCUGGCAGCGAUAGUCGUGCUUGCUCUUGUAGAUAUAUUUGAAUCGGGCAGUGGGGCAUGGAGCUAUCACAUCGAAGGCGCCAAGAAACUUCUCAGGGACAGACCAGAAAGCAAUCUGGGCCACGGUAUCCUUGAUGGACUCGAAACCUUCGCAAUUGAUGGAUGCUUAAUCAUGGAAAUCAUGGGAUCGACCCUCGCCCGCCCCGGCGCUCUCUCAAAACCCUUUUACUCCGCUACAAUGGGCCCGGCUAUGCUCAAACGCCUCGAAGAAACGUCGUGGGUCGGAUGCCCCGCCUACCUUCUCGAGGUCAUAUUCUUCAUUCACACCCUCUGGUACCCAGACUCCGAGAUCACCGCCGUCACUCCUCAACCAUCUGCCCUCCCAGCCUCCAUGCAACAAGGUCAGCCCCUCUCCCUCGAGUCAUACCUCGCACUCCUCCAGGGCAUCCGCGACUUCGACCCCGUAGCCUGGGCCCACCAUAUGCAAGCCUACUAUUUCCUCUCCGACAUCUCCUCCCGCAUCGCCCUCGCCAAAUCCUACCAAGCUGCCGUGUAUCUUUAUACCAGCCGGGUCCUGUCCCAUGCCCGAGAGGGCUAUGCUCCUCCCUGGGCGGACGUGGGCCUGCCCGUUGAUCACUCAACCGUCGCGAGCGAUCUCCUUGACCAAAUAUGCUCCGUCCCUUACUCCGAUCCCCACUUCAAAUGUCUGAUUUGGCCAACAUUCAUCGCCGGCGCAGAGUGCCGCCGCUUCUCGCAGCGGCCUCUCAUUCUCGAAAAGCUGGGCGCUCUUUACCAGGCCGUCACGAGCGUCAACGUCCAAAAUGCGGCCUGGGUGCUGCGAUUGAUGUGGCAGAAGCAUGAUCAGAAAGGACGCGAUUAUCGCGAAAAUAUGCCUUCUGCGGUUACGGAUGGGCUGAAGAAAGAUGGCGCGAGUGAUGCCAACGACAACGAUGACGACGAUUACGAUAAUACGUUCGACUGGGUCAACGAGCUGGAUGAAUCGCGCCUGGAUUGGCUGUUCAUUUGA